AAAAACAAUUAAAACCUCUUUAAUACGGUUGCUGCCGCUAUCCACUAUACAGUUCUGGAACAUUAGACUUGCCAAUGACCUGAGACAGAGUUGCAGGAUUUCUGGGUCACAGCCAAUAUUUUUGUGGUGAAAUGGUGAGAACCGAGUGAAAAUAGUGGAUUGGCUCAUCUUCUAAUAAACGUGUGGGGUUUUAAGAAGAGUGAAAUGAUAAACUGCACGUUUUCUUACAAGUGUAGUUCACUGGUCACUCCCUUCUCGCUACAGACAAAACCCACUAGCAAUAACUUAAACGCCUCUGGUUCUGCUCCACUUUAAGUCUCAACAAGCGUGCUUUAACUACAGACUUACGCGUUUCAUGCCACAUCAUCCUCUCUUGCUUCUUCUUCGGUUACUUGAACGCGCAGAGACUCAUAAAGCUCUGGUUUUCAAAGCCAAAGUCAGAUAAGAAGAACAUGUCAGAGAUAUGAUUUUUGUAUCAAGGAAUCAAACUCUCCAGUUUCCCACGUGCAUCCUCUUAUCUUAUUCCAAUUUACAAAUUCCUAAUUUGGUCUGAUCUUGGCUGAUCAUCGAUAAUUGAAAUUCUGAUACAAAAUAAAUAAGAUUCUUUAUUUGUUUUGCCUGGGAAUGAUAUUAAUGGAACCUCCUUCGGGGCAACAACAAAGCUUUAGCCGGAAAAAGAUGACCAAACAGUUGACGGCAAAAAGGGAUGACACACCGUUGCAGGCUUUGGUGAGAGCAGGGAGCUUGGAAUUGGUGUUGGAAAUGAUUUCUAGUAGUGGGGAUCUAGAGUUGAAGGAGUUGUUGUCUAAACAGAAUCAAUCCGGUGAAACAACACUCUAUGUUGCUGCUGAGUAUGGUUGUGCUGAUCUGGUUAAGGAAAUGAUGAAGUAUCAUGAUAUUGGUUUGGCUGGCAGCAAAGCAAAGAAUGGCUAUGAUGCAUUCCACAUUGCUGCAAAGCAAGGGAACUUGGAGGUGCUGAAGGUCCUCAUGGAGACAAUUCCUGAACUUUCAAUGACUUCGGAUUCCUCAAACACAACAGCGUUACACACUGCUGCCUCACAGGGCCACAAAGACGUAGUUAUUUUCCUCCUGGAGAGAGGUAGUAGCAUAGCUACCAUAGCUAAAAGCAAUGGGAAAACUGCCUUGCAUUCUGCAGCAAGGAAAGGGCAUCUGGAGAUUGUGAAGGCACUUUUGAGUAAAGAACCUGGAAUUGCAAUGAGGAAUGAUAAGAAGGGCCAGACAGCUCUCCACAUGGCAGUUAAAGGACAGAGUGUUGAACUAGUGGAUGGGUUGGUGGAGAUAGGUCCUUCUUUAAUAAACAUGGUUGAUAACAAGGGCAACACUGCCUUGCAUAUAGCAACUCGUAAGGGCCGGGUGCAGAUUGUAAGGAAGCUGCUGAAUCACAGUGGACUAGACAAAGCUGUCAUUAACAAAUCUGGAGAAACUGCUCUAGACACUGCUGAGAAAACCGGUCACUCUGAAAUUGGAGCCAUAUUACGGGACCAUGGAGUCCUGUCUGCCAAAUUCAUCAAGCAACCAACACCAAACUCAGCUCGAGAAUUCAAGCAAACUGUAAGUGAAAUAAAACAUGAGGUGUAUGACCAGCUUGUGCACACCCACCAAACACAGAAACGUGUGCAGGGUAUUGCUAAGAGACUCAACAAAAUGCAUACAGAAGGGUUGAACAAUGCAAUCAACUCCACCACAGUUGUUGCUGUCCUCAUUGCUACAGUUGCAUUUGCUGCCAUCUUCAGUGUCCCGGGCCAGUAUGCUGAUGACCCAGCACAUGUUCCUCCUGGGCUAUCUCUUGGAGAAGCAAAUAUUGCUCCAAAGCCACCGUUUAUGAUUUUCGUCAUCUUUGACUCUCUUGCCCUCUUCAUAUCUUUGGCUGUCGUGGUUGUUCAAACUUCUUUGGUGGUUAUAGAGAGAAAGGCAAAAAAGCAAAUGAUGGCGAUCAUUAACAAACUGAUGUGGUUGGCUUGUGUCAUGAUUUCAAUUGCAUUCCUUGCACUGUCAUACAUUGUUGUAGGAGUUAAUGAUCGGUGGUGGGCUAUCGCUAUAACAUGUAUAGGGACCAUAAUUAUGCUAUCAACAAUUGGGACGAUGUGUUAUUGGGUAAUUGUCAAUUGUAUUCAAGCCUCCAGAUCACAAAGCCUGCGGAGGUCAUCAAUGAACAGUAGGUCAUCACCAUUGUCAAUAAUGUCAGAUUCAGAGUUUCUGAACAAUGAGCAUAAGAAACUCUAUGCGGUUUAAGAAUUGAUAUACUACAUAUCAGUUCUCCCUUGUUUAGCUCUUUGUAUAAGAAAGUUCCUCCUUCUUUCAUGUAUAUAAGAAUGUGACAUAGUAUCAGCAUUUUACUUCUCAAUGAAGUAACUAA